GCCCCUUCAUAUGUGCUGCUAUCCUCCAUCCAGAAUAUACCAGAACUGGCCAGAGUCGGCUAGCCAUGGAUUCCCUUCAUUCCUCUCCCCUACUCCGUCCGAAGAAGCAAUUAUCCAGGAAUCCAGCCAUCGUCACCACCACUUGCGCCGUGCCGUGCCGAGUCCGCUAGUCGCAUCCCUGUCGACCGUCCCGCGACUCUGAAAGCUGAACCCGCUCCUCUCUCUCUCUCUCUCUCUCUCUCUCUCUCUCUCUCUCUCUCUCUCUCUCUCUCUCUCUCUCUCUCUCUCUCUCUCUCUCUCUCUCUCUCUCUCUCUCUCACACACACACACACACACACACACACACACUCUCUCUCUCUCUCUCUCUCUCUCUCUCUCUCUCUCUCUCUCUCUCUCUCUCUCUCUCUCACACACACACACACACACACACACACACACACACACUCUCUCUCUCUCUCUCACACACACACACACACACUCUCUCUCUCUCUCUCUCUCUCUCUCACACACACACACACACACACACACUCUCUCUCUCUCUCUCUCUCUCUCUCUCUCUCUCUCUGUUCUCGUUCUCCCAUCAGCGCGCUCCGUUUCUAGCAUCUCCCACCCGCCAUGCACCUCCUCUUCGGCCCCGGGAGCCGGUCCUACCGCCACCCGUCCACGCCGCGCUCGCGCCGCCAUCCGACGACGCCGCGCGUGCACCAUCCGGCGGCGCAGCAGCGGCCCGUCGCCGCCACCGUGAUGGUCGCGGCUUUCGCGCUGCUCGUCGCGAGCGCUGUUCUUAGGCCCGACCAGCUGCUUAGGAGACUCGCUAGCCGUGACUGCCCCGCUGCGACCAGCCUGGCGGAAUACGACCUCGUGCUGAUCGCCGAGGGCAGCAUGGCCUCGCGUCUGGUGGCGCUGUGCGGCAUGGAGGCGCUGGCCGUGGCGGCGGGCUUCUCCCUGAAGGUGCUGUGGCUGACGGACCACCCCGUGCACGCCGCGCCCUUCGCCUCGCUCUUCUCGCUCCCCGCGCACCCCAAGAUCUCCAAGCCCGACCUCAAAUGGGCAGUGCAGGACACAUCACCCGAGUGCGUGGCAGGAUCACUGCUGCAGUCACCGCCGCUCAGCUUCAAGUACAAAGCAGCGUCGGUGGGUGACUGUGGAGCGGCAACAGGCGUGGGCGGCAGUGCAGCGAGUGGGGUGUUCCGCAUGCCAGUCAGACUGCUGCUGUCCGCUCGAGCCAGCACGUGGGAUGGAUGGUCAGACGACCCGUGUUGGAUGUCGGACGAGCUGGCAGCAUGCUUGCACUCGCUGCAGCCAUCAGCAGCGGUGGCGCGCCUACUGGUCGCAGAGGACACACAGAGAGUGCAGCGCUCCACGGCUGCCUACCUUGAGGACACCCCCCUCGAGUCCUGCUCCGGCUGCCCCGCGAACCUCUCUCAAAUCAUCCCACCAUUCUGUGAGGUCUGCAACACGCGCCGCUUCACGCACUCCCUUGCAGCGUGCACGGCCCGCCGCCUGGCCUACGACUUCCUCAGAGACCCCUCACUUGACUUCACCAUUGUUUCUGCACUGCCCUCUGCGGCCGUGUCUGCGGCCGGCAUGUUCCAUGCGUCCCGUGCGCCCCUGCUGCUGGAGGCGAGCAAGAGGAGGGCGCAGCUGCAGUGCAUGGGGAGCGGGGUGCGGCGGAGAGGGGAGGGGAGUGGUGGGGGGUUGGUUGGAGGCGGCAGGAGGGCCGAGUGUGCUGAGCUGGAGGUGGCGGAGCUCUUAGCCCUAGCCCAGGCGCCGGCCUUCUUCUCGUCCGUGCCGCUCUCCCCCGAGGCAGAGCUCAUCACGGGGCUUUCCACCGCCAUUCGAGGGGCAGCGGGCCCGCCCUUCCGCCAGGCGCCCGUGUGCACGUCGCCCAAGCUGUUUCCGCUCGCCAGCCUGCGAUUUGCGUACCAGAUGAUCGUGGACGAGCAACUGGGUCUGAUCUACUGCUUUGUAGAAAAAGUCGCUUGCACGAGCUGGAAGAUGUGGCUGCGGGCAGCGCAUGGGUUCAGCAACAUCACGGACUACAACUACACGCACCACGCGCAGCUGAACGGGCUCACGCUCAUGUACCGCGACCUGGACGAGGACGAUGCCAUCCGCCAGCUCACCCGGAGGGACCUGGUGAAGUUUGUGUUCGUGCGCAACCCGUUCUCACGGCUGCUGAGCGCGCAUGCUGACAAGCUGGUGAACGGGGGAGAGAAGCACAACGUCACGCUGUGGAAUCAUCGGAUAUUCGGGCGGGAGCGGCUGGAGCAGCGCGGCGGGAGGAUGGACGAGCCAGUGGGGUUUAAGGAGGCCGUGCGCAUGGUGGCGGAUAUAGUGCGCGAGACAGGCGGCAACGGGGACGCACACAUCGCCACCCAGGCGCAACUGUGUGGGCUGCACAUGAUCCGCUACGACGUGGUGGGGCGCUUUGAGAGCCUGCAAGAGGACGUGCAGAGCGUGGUGGCGCGCCUCAACCGCUCCGACGUCGACCCUGCUCAAGUCUUCAAGCUCGGCUCGCAGAUCCACAAGACACGUGCGGAGCAGCGCAUGCGAGCCGCCUAUGAUAAGGAGACAAUCGAGAUUGUGAGGCAAGCAUAUGAUGCGGACUUCCAUGUGCCACUGAACCACAUAGACUACGACAUUCCAGAUGUGCUGCAAGACAUUGCAGAGGGGCGGGAGGAGGGGGCACAGGGAGCAGCACAUGGCGCUCAAUUGCCCUCUGAUGAUGGUGUUGAAAAGUAGCUGAUGGACACUUAUUGGUCGCUUUCAGUAUCCUUUUGUCUCCUAAUUCAACUGUAAUUGAUCAUUUAACGAAGUAACUUGGAGGAGGCUCUUCGGCAUUUGUUACCAUGAAUAGAUGGUGAAUGCACAU